CAGCUGGAUCAGUGAUUCAGGAUUGGGUCUGGAACAGCACCAUCGUCACAGCUGAGAGUGAGUUUGAGGGGGUAGGAGCAGUGUCAUGGAGAGCUCAGAACAUAAGACGGCGGAGACCAGAUCGGACUCAACCCUGUGGGGUGGCGCUCCCCAGUAUGCCUAUGUUCAUUUCGAGAACUGCACCAAUUAUGGGAUCCCGUCGGAGACAGGGUGCGAGGCCAAGGGGACGGGGAAUGACCUGCACUGCCUGGAGAACUCCCUCAGCCAUCCGCAGCUCUAUGGGCAGUACACAGAUCAGCUCUCUGACUUUGCACAGAAGGAAGCAGCAAAACUACUGAGUGAGAAUAAGGCCCAAAAGAACAGCCAGAGUCCCCGGAAACGGGACAGCCAGGCAGAGACCAAAGAGGAGCGGUACUCCAAAUGCCAAGACUGUGCUAGACUCAUUCAGAAAUAUGUUACCAAGAAGCUUGGAGAAGACUGGAUAUUCCUGGUUCUCUUGGGUCUGGUCAUGGCGCUGGUGAGCUGGGGAAUGGACUAUGCCAGCGCCAAGAGUCUGCAGGCUUACAAGUGGAUGUACAAGGAACUGCACCCAAGUGUCCCUAUGCAGUACCUGGCCUGGGUCACCUACCCCCUCAUCCUCAUCCUCUUUGCUGCUGUAUUCUGCCACCUCGUCUCCCCACAGGCUGUUGGAUCUGGGAUUCCUGAGCUGAAGACAAUCAUGCGGGGAGUGGUCCUCAAGGAGUACCUCACACUCAAAGCUUUUGUGGCCAAAGUGGUGGGCCUGACAGCUGGGCUGGGGAGUGGCAUUUUUGUUGGAAAAACAGGUCCCUUUGUGCACAUCGCCAGCAUCUGCGCUGCUGUGCUCAGCAAGUUCAUGUCAAUCUUCUGUGGUGUGUAUGAGCAGCCGUAUUAUUACACUGAUGUCCUGACUGUGGGCUGUGCUGUGGGGGUUGGCUGCUGCUUUGGGACACCACUUGGAGGGGUUCUCUUCAGCAUUGAGGUCACUUCCACCUACUUUGCUGUGCGCAAUUACUGGCGUGGUUUCUUUGCGGCCACAUUCAGUGCCUUCAUCUUUCGAGUGCUCGCCGUGUGGAACAAGGAUGCAGUCACCAUCACGGCCCUGUUCAGAACUAACUUUCGCAUGGAUUUCCCCUUUGACCUUCAGGAGCUGCCAGCCUUUGCUGUGAUAGGGGUCUGUUGUGGAUUCCUUGGAGCCUUUUUUGUUUACCUCAAUCGCCAGGUGGUUCUGUGUGUCCGACGGUGUACAGCUCUGAGCCAGUUUCUCACCAAAUACCGCCUUGUAUACCCAGGAGUUAUAACCUUCUUGAUAGCAACGUUGACCUUCCCGCCAGGGUUCGGGCAGUUCAUGGCUGGAGAGUUGAUGCCAAGGGAAGCAAUCAGCUCCCUGUUUGAUAAUUACACCUGGGCAAAGCACAUGGGAGACCCACAAGUUCUAGGGAAAUCUGCUGUCUGGAUCCAUCCCAAAGUCAGUGUCUUUGUCAUCAUUCUGUUCUUCUUCAUCAUGAAGUUCUGGAUGUCUGUCAUUGCCAUUACAAUGCCGAUACCCUGUGGAGGCUUCAUGCCUGUUUUUGUACUGGGGGCUGCAUUCGGCCGUCUUGUUGGUGAAAUCAUGGCAUCCCUCUUCCCUGAUGGGAUCCUCUUUGAUGGCAUUGUUUACAAAAUCUUACCUGGAGGAUAUGCUGUCAUUGGUGCAGCAGCCCUGACGGGAGCUGUGAGCCACACCGUCUCCACAGCAGUGAUCUGCUUCGAGCUAACGGGUCAGAUCUCCCACAUCCUGCCCAUGAUGGUUGCUGUCAUCCUUGCCAACAUGGUGGCCCAGAGUUUGCAGCCCAGUCUCUAUGACAGUAUCAUCCAGGUGAAGAAGCUGCCUUACCUGCCUGACCUGGGCUGGAAUUACAUAAGCAAAUACAAUAUCUUUGUUGAGGAUAUCAUGGUCUGUGAUGUGAAAUUCAUUUCCUCCACUUGUACAUAUAAGGACCUGCAGACUCUGCUUCAGAGCACCACUGUCAAGACCUUGCCUCUGGUGGAUUCACCAGAGACCAUGAUCUUGCUGGGCUCUGUGGAGCGGUCGGAGCUGCAGGCUCUUCUCCAGAGGUAUAUUGGUCAGGAGCGGCGCCUGCACAUCAUCAAGGAGAUGCAGCAGAAGCUGGCUGAGGCACCCUAUGAUGGGCACAGCAAAGUGCCCAGCUGGAAGCGCGAAUCUUUUGCUUUUGUGGAUGAGGAUGAGGAUGAAGAGGAGAAGGCAGAGUCACCUCAGCACCCCUCUGCUGCUCCCAGCCACCCUGAAGAACCCAAUGGUCCAGUGGCUCCUCAUAAGCCAGUGCCAGAAACUCCAGGGCCCCAGGAAACCCCAGUCAGGAAUUUCUGGAGCUUGAGGCAGCUGAUCCAGCAGCUUUUGUGCCAUUACAACUGGCCACCAGAGACGGAGAGUGCUGCUCAGGAGUCUGCUGAAGUUAUCGACACAAUGAAGCCAGAGGAGAUAGAUGCUUGGGAGCAGGAGGAGCUGAGCAAGGAGGUGUGCUUCGACAGCUGCCGCAUAGACCCCUCCCCUUUCCAGCUAGUGGAGAGGACUUCCCUGCACAAGACACACACCUUGUUCUCCUUGCUGGGCCUCAGCCAUGCCUAUGUGACCAGUAAGGGGAAGCUGAAGGGAGUUCUGGCUUUGGAGGAGCUCCAGAAGGCAAUUGAGGGCUCCACACGCUCUGGUGUCCGCCUCCGCCCGCCUCUCGCCAGCUUCCGGGACACCAACCGGACCUCGCUGAGCAAUGAACAGAGCGGCCAGGUUUCCCAGGUGUGGAACUGGCAGGACAGCUGUGUGGUACCUGUGAGAGGAGCUGCAGACUUAGGGAUGGGGAGCCCCUUGCCCUCCAUCCCCCCUUCCCCACAGCCCCCACCCGGCCCUGAGGAGGGGAAGGGGCAGCGCUCUGUCUCAGCGGCUGAUGCUGAGCUGGAGGAGAUGGAGCUCUCUGGCCCUGCUGCUGAGAACAUCUCAGACAUCCUCAAGGACCUGAGCCUGCGCUCCACGGACGUGGAGGAGGAGGAUGAAGAGGACGUGCCCCUAUAACUGGUGGGAGGAGGGAUGUCCCACCCCUCUCCCUUCAGCACCCCAGCCCUGCUACACAUGCUCCUCUAGGAGAGGCCUGGGGACUGCAUCUCACCAGCACUUUGGGAUCUGCAGUGACUCAGUUGAGAGAGGGGCAUGGGACUGCCCUGCCAUCUGCUGCCAUGCCUGCCUGGAGAGUUGUGCUACUGGGGACAGACGGUGGGGGAAGGGGGCAUGAGAAGGGGGGAGGGACUCCCCCAGGUGGCAUUGAGGCCGCUGGGAUUUAGGCCCCUUCUCUGUCCUCUCCCAGCUUUCAUGGUGAGCAUGUGAUGGGGAUAGGAGGAGCAAGAACAAAAAUGAGGCAUGGACACCACUGGCUGCAGGGGCAGAUGCUCUGAACAGUUGUGCCAUUAUGAGAGGGUGGUGGGGAGCAGAGAGGGCCACAGCCCUUCCCCUUCUCUAUUCCCCGAACACCCUGCAACACAGCAGGAUUGUCUCUCUUUUUCCCCUCUCCCCUCCCCCCCACACACAUUCACACAUACACACAGUCCUGCAGCAAACCCCCCAGUCCUGACCUCAGAGUCCUGACUGGGGAAAAUAUACAGAGAGCAAGACCCUCAUGUAUAAUCCAUUCAGACACAGCUGUAAGCCAGGC